AGAUGAAAUUGAUAGUGUAACCAAACAAUGUUGAGAAAUUCUUUUGUUUAAAUUUUCCAAAUCAGGGAAGGCCUACUAUCGACAAACAACAGUAGAAUAUAUUGUAAGUCAAUUGUGACUGUAAACAAAAGUAGCGUGUGGUUGUUGAUGUUGUGUUUGUUGUGUUUGUUGUGUUUGUUGUCAGAAUGAGUGGGACACUGUGGACGGUAUCUGGCGCGAGGUGUUCGGUAAAUUCCGACUCGAACCGUACAUAUGCGAAAGAAGCCGAGCUGGACCGGAGCUUUCCGGAACAUCCGGCUGUAGCUUCUCAACAUAAACAGCAAUGGCGGAGGCAGCAGCAGCGUCUACGGCGGCUUCGCCAGUAACAGUCGGUUGGACCAAACACGUAAGCUGCAGGUAUUUCAUGCAUGGUCUAUGCAAAGAAGGAGAUAACUGUCGAUAUUCCCACGAUCUGACCAACAGCCAACCCGCAGCUAUGACUUGCAAGUUCUUUCAGAAGGGAAACUGUGUGUUUGGGGAUCGUUGCAGGUUUGAACACUGUAAACCAGAAAAGAACGAGGAGUUGCCAACACCACAGGUGCUGCCGCUGCCCUCUGUCUCGCUGCCCGGCUCGUCAGACCCAGAACCCAGUGGGCCAACACCUGGUUCAGGGGCACAAGACUGGGUCAACGCUGCUGAGUUUGUGCCAGGACAACCGUACUGUGGGCGGGCUGAGCCGGUGACGCCGGAGAGCUUCGUCCCUCUCAUUGAGGAGUUUGACAGUGAGGCAUCGCAGGACAAGAAAGAGCUGAGGAAGCAGCUCUGUCCCUACGCAGCCGUUGGAGAGUGCCGCUACGGAAUCAACUGUGCCUAUCUCCAUGGCGACGUGUGCGACUUGUGCGGCCUCCAAGUGCUCCACCCCACCGACAACGCCCAGCACUCUGCGCACACUAAGGCAUGCAUCGAGGCCCAUGAGAAGGACAUGGAGAUUUCAUUUGCCAUCCAACGCAGCAAAGACAUGAUGUGUGGUGUGUGUAUGGAGGUGGUGUUCGAGAAGGCCAACCCGAGCGAGCGCCGCUUUGGCAUCCUCUCCAACUGCAGCCAUUGCUACUGUCUAAAGUGCAUUCGCAAGUGGAGGAGUGCCAAGCAGUUUGAGAGCAAAAUCAUCAAGUCUUGCCCAGAGUGUCGGAUCACAUCCAACUUUGUCAUCCCAAGCGAGUACUGGGUGGAGGAUAAGGAGGACAAGCAGAAACUCAUCCAGAAAUACAAGGAUGGCAUGGGGAGUAAACCGUGUCGAUACUUUGACGAGGGUCGUGGAACGUGUCCUUUUGGCUCAAAUUGCUUCUAUAAGCACGUCUUUCCUGACGGGCGGCUGGAGGAUGCACAACCCCAGCGGAGACAGACCGGAUCAAACAGCAGGAGUCGGAACUCGAGGCGCACGCCGCUGUGGGACAUCUUCGACGAGCGGGAAAGCACCGACUCCUUCGACAACGAGGACGAGGAGAUGGUGACGUUUGAGCUGAGUGAGAUGCUUCUCAUGCUCCUCGCAGCAGGAACCGACGACGAGGUGACGGACUCAGAGGACGAGUGGGACUUGUUUCACGAGGAGCUGGACGAUUUCUAUGAGAUUUACCUAUAGCAGCCCCGCCCACCCACCCCCCCCACCUCCCCCCCUCCCCUUAUGUAUACUAGACACUAGAAUGGACUGUCUUGUGCGAGUGAUGGACAGUAGCUUUUUCCCCACCCCCUCUAUUGCGGCAGUGCUUUGAAGCAGGCCAUUAAUAAAUGAACUUUUAAAAGGAAAAAAAGAAGAAAAAAAAAGUCUAACAAGUGCGCUCGUGCUAAACAUUUUCUAGACAUCUAUCCUUGUCGGUCCAUCUUGUGCAAUUCGUGUUAAAAGGAAAAAAUGACAAAAAGAACUCAAUAUAAGAUUUAACAAAUUAUAACUUUCUUCAGAUAUUGCUAAUAAACAUUGUCAAGUUUAUUUUGUGGGUGUGGGUUUAACUUUUUAAUCAUCUACCCAGGUGUUAAUAUGUACUUCUGAGACUCUGAGGAUACACUCUUACUUACUCAGCACCAUUUACUGUAAUCGUGAUGGGCAUGUUGUAAGAUUUUACAUAUGCUUUUUUUUCCCCUUUAUUAAAGCUGCUGAUAUAUUG